AUGUUUCACGACCAGUCACAACAUGUGAUUGCAAGGGCCCAUAUUCACUCACAUAGCCUCAGUACAGGCGCAGCGAGUGCGUAUGAUCUACAGCCUCCUCAUAGCGUUGUUGCCGCAGGGAGCAGUGGCCAGAUCAACCCUGUGCCAGCUGUGCCUCACUCACGCGCCCUGGACCAAGAGACUGUUUGGAUCGACUUCUUCGUCAAUCAAUAUACCUGCAGUGGCACCACCGACUCGAAAUCCAAUAUGUUCUGGAUUCCUUCAAACUUCCACUAUAUGCUAAGUAACGACAGCGUCAGGUUUAGCGUCCAAUCCGUCGGGGCCAUGGCUAUUGCUCGCCUGCAAAAAUCUCCGCGCUGUGUGGAAGCAGCGCAGAAGAAGUACAGUCAAGCAUUGCUUAGUCUAGCCAGUGAGUGGCGUCGAACUAUCAGCAAUGCCCAGAAAGACAUGAUCUUUUUUGUGGUCCUACUUCUUGGGUUCUUUGAAGUACUGGCCAGUUAUGGUCCGUCGGCGCGGAAAUCCUGGAUCGCGCACCUAGGGGGUGUGAGCGUGUUGUUCAGAAAUAAUGAGGACUACUACUGCGGCACCCCAUUCGGUGCUCGCAUGUUCUUCCACGCACGAAGUCAGAUGAUACUUAUUGCUUUGCAGACCAAGACACCAGUCGCGGAAACAUUUGCAAAGCCGAACCCACGAGUUCUGCGUGCGGUACCACCUCAGCUGAAGGAGAUGUUCGAGGCUGACAUCUUGUUGGUACAUCUGGCCGACCUUCAAGCACGAUGUCGGACAGCACCGCCUUCACACUCACUCCUUGCAGAAUUGAAGGCGUCAGAGUCAGCGUUGGAUCAGUGGGCCGCAUCCCUGCCUCAUUUCUGGAGAUGGUCAACACAAAGUAUUAAUCGCCCAUCUGGACCAUGGUGGGAUGUGCAUCUGCAUACAUAUGCGAGCCCGAUUUUAGAACACACUUGGAACAAGGUUCGAGCAGCAUUGAUUAUUGUUCAUGACCUUGCCACUGAAAUGGAGCAACGCCUCCACGGAGGCCAAGGAGCUGCGUCUCUUCUAGAGCCCAAGGUGCAGCAGCUGGUCAUCGACAUCUGCUCCAGUGGACCGCCUUGCUUCCGGCCAACCUGUUCACCUGAUACCGGCAUUCCCCCUCCACUUGGAAGAAUAUACUGGAUUUUUUGGCCACUGGAUGUCGUCGGCAGUAUGCGAGAAGCACCGUCUGAGUUGACACAGUGGGUCAUUCAGUUCUUCGAGCGAGUCCACCAAAUGACUGGCAAUAUCCGAGCCAGUACUAUGGCCGACAAGCUGAAAGCAGGCCAGCGUAACUUCGAUGUCUCCCUCAGCUACCCGAGCUUGCUCAAUCUGAAGAAGUGA